CUAAUCCAGCAUCAAACUGUAAAUUUGCUAUAUUAAUACUAAACUCUAAAAAAUAUAUAACGUGUGUAUGAUAAAUAAACUCAUACAUCUUUAGCAUCUGGACAUUAUCCUAAUUCUAUUCGACUAUAAUGAAAAAUACCCUGAUUUAAGAAAAAAAAAAUCUGGCAACAUUGUGCAGCUCACACAGACAACGUCAUACAAUGCGUUGCAUAAGUAUUCACCCCCCUUGAACUUUGUCAUAUCUCAUACUGUUACAGCCUGGAACUGAAUUUGACUUAACUUGGAUUAAAGGUCUUGAAUCUACACACCAUAGCCCAUUACACUGAAAUGGGAGUUUGUAAAAUUAUUCAAAGUCAUAAAAGUUGUGAUUGCAUAAGUAUGCACCCCAUUGCUGUGAAAUCCCUAACUUAGCUGUAGUGCAACCAGUUUCCAUCAGAAGUCACAUAAUCAGCUGAAUGGAGGUCACCUGUGUGCAAGUCUUAAAGUGUCACGUGAUCUCAGUAUAAAUACAUGUGUUCCUGGAAAGCCCCAUAUAUAAGCGCACACACACACACACACACAUAUAUAUAUAAAACAGCUUAAUGAUGACCAAGGAGCUACCAUAGGAUAGUAUCAGUAAUGGUUAUGUUACAAACAAACAAACAAAAGUCCUGGAGAGCAUCAGAAUAUGGCACAACCGUGACUCUGCUUAGACAGUGACUGUGUAAGGAGGGCUUUUGUCGAAGAAUGAACCCGGGAAGCCAUGGGUUACUCUCAGGAUGAUGUUACCACCACCAUGCUUCACUGUAAAGAUAGUGUUCUCAGGGUGACGAGCACUGUUGGGUGUCCGCCAAAUGUGCCUGUAAAGUCAACCUAAAAAAAACUCUUUUCUUCAAUUCUACAGUUUGUCCAUGUGUGUAUUCGUUAUUAUGAACCAUAUGAUGCUGUGUGUCAUUUGACAAAAAAUCCAGUAUUGUCAGCAUGGUCUACAAGUAAGGGUGGGUAGGACAUGGUGCCUCAAGGCCAAUCUGACCCAGUUCAGCAACCAUAAUUAUCUGUCCUUAUAGAUGUUGCUAAUUACUAUCAUACUCUCUUGAGGAUUCAUUCUUGUAUAGAUAUAAGACUAUAUUUAUCAGACCAUCCCCCCACAACCUUACUGUUAAGAGAACUCCUUCUUUUGUUCUUGAUCUUUUUUUUCUCUUUUUCCAUGAUGAGAGCAUAUAUAAUAGCUGUCAUCCUGGACCACCCCAUAGCCCACGCUGACUGGUCUGGCUAAGGAUGGCUGGAGAAACCGCGCAUGCUAUGAUUUGCUGUAAGAAAUUGUUAUUAAGAUUGUGAUCAUUCCUGGGACGUAAGAGCGAAGUUGCUGCCAUGACUGAUGUUCUGGAGUUUAGUGACAUUUAUCAGGAGGUCAAGGGUUCCUGGAAUGAUGGGCGUCUGCGAUUCAGUAAGCAGAUGGUGGUGUAUAAAAGCAGUAAGACGGGCAAGGUGGACAGUAUCCCUGUCCCAGAGCUCAGUCAGGCCCAGUGGAGGAGAGUCUGCCUGGGCCACGGCAUCAAACUCUCCACCAGCACCGGACACGUGUACAAAUACGAUGGCUUCAAAGAUACUGACUUUGAAAAAAUCUCUGAGUAUUUCAAAGAUAAUUACAAAGUGGAGCUGACCGAGAAAGACAUGUGUGUGAAAGGCUGGAACUGGGGCACUGCUAAAUUCAACGGCCCAUUGCUGUCGUUUGAAGUGAGUGACACUCCUGUGUUUGAGAUCCCGCUCUCCAGUGUAUCCCAGUGUACCACUGGAAAAAAUGAAGUCACCCUAGAGUUUCAUCAGAACGAUGAUACAGAGGUGUCACUCAUGGAGGUGCGUUUUUACGUCCCGCCCACUACAGGAGAUGAGGGGGCGGACCCUGUAGAGGCAUUUGCCCAGAAUGUUCUUUCUAAGGCAGAUGUGAUUCAGGCUACAGGAGACGCUGUGUGUAUUUUCAGAGAGCUGCAGUGUCUCACACCCAGGGGAAGGUAUGAUAUUCGUAUCUAUCCCACCUUCCUGCAUCUGCAUGGUAAGACGUUCGACUACAAGAUCCCCUACACCACAGUGCUGCGCCUCUUCCUGCUCCCCCACAAAGACCAGAGACAGAUGUUCUUCGUGAUCAGUCUGGAUCCCCCCAUUAAACAGGGACAAACCCGCUACCACUUUCUCAUCCUGCUAUUUUCCAAGGACGAAGACAUCAACCUCACCCUCAACAUGAGCGAGGAAGAGGUAGAGAGGCGAUUUGAGGGAAAGCUGACUAAGAACAUGUCUGGCUCUUUAUAUGAGAUGGUCAGCAGGGUUAUGAAGGCUCUAGUCAACAGGAAGAUCACAGUACCUGGAAACUUCCAAGGUCACUCUGGUGCUCAGUGUAUCACUUGCUCCUAUAAGGCCAGCUCAGGGCUGCUGUAUCCUCUAGAGAGAGGCUUCAUCUAUGUUCACAAGCCCCCGGUACACCUGCGCUUUGAGGAGAUCGCUUGUGUGAACUUUGCCAGAGGCACCACAACUACACGCUCCUUUGACUUUGAAAUUGAGACCAAACAGGGCAACCAGUACACCUUCAGCAGUAUUGAGAGAGAAGAGUAUGGAAAGUUGUUUGAUUUUGUCAAUGCUAAGAAACUGAGCAUCAAGAACAGAGGCUUCAAAGAGGGUAUGAAGGUCAGAGACGAGAUGUACAGUGACUCAGAUGACGAUCAGCAUGACGCUUACCUGGAGCGCAUGAAGCAGGAGGGGAAGAUCCGCGAGGAGGCCAACGACAGUGAUGACUCAGAGGCUGGCAGCGAUGAAUCAUUUAACCCUGGAGAUGAAGAUGAUGAUGUUGCAGAAGAGUAUGACAGUAAAGCCUCAGCCAGUGAAAGUAGUGCUGAAGAUGCAGACAGUGAAGAAGACAGAAAGAAGAAACCAGUCAAGAAGGCCAAAACUGUCAAGGAGGGAAAGCACAAAAAAGAGAAGAAGAUGAAGGACAGCAGCGCCCCCAAGAGGCCAAUGAGUGCCUAUAUGCUGUGGCUGAACGCCAGCAGAGAUCGCAUUAAAGCAGAAAACCCUGGAAUCUCAGUCACUGAGAUUUUAAAGAAGGCCGGUGAGAUGUGGAAGCAACUGAGCAAAGACAAGAAAGAGGAGUGGGAAGGGAAAGCUGAGGAAGCAAAGAAAGAAUACGAGCGAGCGAUGAAAGAGUACAGAGAAAGCAGUGGAGGCACCUCGAAAAAGGCAAGAAAGAAAGGAGGAAAGAGUGAGGAGAGGAAGAAAAAGAAGUUAGGUGGAGGAAGGGAGAGAGAGAGGAACAGGGUAGCUGGGAAUGACAGCUUUAAGAGCCCAGAGUUCAUCUCCAGCGAGGAGAGUUCGUCCGAGUCCAACCGGGGAAAGGGCCGCAAGCGCAAGGGCUCGGAUGAUGAAGAGAAGCAAGCAACCAGCACUCCCAGCUCAGAAGAGUCCGGCUCAGACUGAGACACUAGUGGCAAAACAGAGCAGGAAGGAAAGAGACAGGAUAAUGGAGUCAUUCUGUCCCUGUCUCUUAAGAACCCCAUAUGUUUUCUUUUUCAUAUUCUCUCUCCAUGUUAUCCUCUCUUUCCUUGUCUCUCCAUUUUAUUCAUUUCAGUAUAUAUUCUACUGUAUAUAACACAAGCUAACGAGUAUUACUGGCUAACCUGCUUAACUUUGAUGUUAGAAUUUUUAGCAAGUAGCAUAUGUUGUGUAAAUACAGUGGAGUUCAAAAGUCUGAGACCACAUUGAAAAUCUGGGAUUUUUUUUAAAUUUAUAACUGGAAAUAAACAGAAACGCUUAGAAUUUGGAAAAUUCUAAAACAAAAAAAGGAAAUGUGCAUCAUCUUGACUAUUAAAUAUUCAAGAUGAUGCACAAUUUCUAGGUCAAUAUUUAAAUGUAAGCAGAUGUGUGAUAUUGACAAAGUUAACUCCUUUGUACAGAAGGUCAGAUUUUCCAUGAGUCUUAUUCCUUCCACUGAAGCAGGUGUUCAGAUCACACUCUGAUGGAUCUGGUCUUAUAUGGAUUGUGUAAUCUGCCUCAGCUCGAAGGCACACUGUCAUUAAAGCAAAAAGGGGACAUACCAAAUAUUAAGAAACUCUGAACUUCAUGAAAAUGUUUCUCAGAUUCUACUUUUCAUUCAACUUGUUGCUGAUAAAAUCAUUUGUAAUAAAAACCGUUGUGUUUAACUGAAAAAUAAGUGGUCUCAGACUUUUGGACCCCACUGUAUGUCUUAGAAUUUAAAUAGGUCUGAUAGUUUUAAACAGGGAUGUCAAACUCAAGUCCUGAAGGGCUGCACUGUGUCCUCUCUUCUAACACAAACUCAGAUCAUGAAGGCUUUGGAAGUGAACUGAUAAUUUGAAUAAGUUGAUAAAUAAAGUACCUUGCUAUACUUUGAGGUGCUGUGGCCAUUUAAGACUGGAGUCUGAUAUUCCUCAUGUCUAGUGUUACUUAUACUGCUUUUAAAAAGCUAAAAGGAUUAUUAGACAUGUUCUGCUAUUCCUUGUUAUACCGCAGUAUUGCUGAAUUCUCCAUUCUGAUUGGUCAGAAGAUGUUUUUAUUAAUUUUCUGUUACAGCAGCUCUUUUUUAACCAUGUUUUUUAUUAAUGCGCUCAUUCUUAUACAUUAUCAUAUUUAUAGUAACAACUUACAGGGAUUUGUAUGGUGGAUACUCUGCAUUAACAGAUUUUUUUUAAAGUGGAUAUGGUGAAGUUUCUGUGAGGUUUGUAAGAUGAAGUUUAUUUAGCAGUUUGAAGGAAUCCCUAGUGCCAGCACUUUGCAACAAUCAGAGGAAAAGCUGUUUCUUUACAUUGUCUGACAUGGGAUGGAGAGCCUUGUGUUUUAUAUGACGUUGCAUUUUUGUCUGAUUAACUUAAAGUGAGAGAAGAACAGAGUCUGAUGAGGGAACAACUGUUUAUAACGUAAAUGAUAACAUGAACUAACUUGUUUCACAGACAGGUUGUUUAAACCGACAAAAAAUAUGACGUGCCCUCGUUUAAAUAAAAAUUGUUAGCAUUGAUCAAAUUGCUGUGGUUAAAGAGGAAUAAAAAUAAUGUAAGUAACUUGUUUCACAGAUGUUUCACAGCAUUAAUCCUAACUGUAAACAGACAGAAAUUAUGACGUGCCAUUGUUUAAUAAAUGUUUUUUUUUUUUUUUUUUUUUUUUUUUUUAGCAUUGGCGAAUUGCUGUGGUAUAAGAGGAAUAAAACACUUUGGGAUGUACUGUUAUUGGAAAAUACUCAGCUUCAGGGUAGUAACAUCACACCACCCUGUCUUUGAUUAUUUUCCUGUAACAGCACACCCUGUUGUGUUUUAUUCAUUACAGAAUAAUUUUUUUUUAAAUUAUGACAACCCCAAUGCACUUUUACAUCAUUGCUGAUGAUUGUGUUUUAAAUAUAUACUGUAAGUAUUUAAGUGUUUACAUUAUUCUCGUGUUCAUUAUUGCCCUUGUCGUUUUAAACAGGUAUUUAUUGAUACUUCGUGUGAUCUGACAGGUUUUUGUGUGUGUUUAGUAUGAGCCAAAAUGUUACAAUGUGUUCAGUCCAGUUUUUGAACAACAGACUGUAAGUAUAAAACAUAAUUCUCAUUAAAACCCUAUUUUAUAUAAGGA